UUCUCUUUUCGUUCCUUACUUUCAAACAAGCGUUAUUCUUAGGUUUGGAAGAUAGUGGAAGGCAUUUAAACUUUGAGUUGAAAAACAACCUCUUUAAUCAUCUGAAAACUUGUCUACCACUGCUGCUGCUGCCAAAGCAGCAGGCUUUCCUCCUUUCCACACCACCUGCAUCUUCUGGCAGAUGGUCUGAUAAGUGAACACUGAUUUUUCCUCCAUGUGUGACAAAUUUCAAGGAAUUUUAUUUGUGAAUUCAGUCAUGCUGGAGUGAGGUGCAAUCAGUUUAAAAUAAUCACGCUGAGCAGAGUUUGUUCUCCCUUCUUUGUAACCUCUCUGAAGUUGAGAUCACUGCAGAGCUGCCUAUAGUAGUCAAAACUUCUAUUUUAAUAACACAACAACAUGUAGUCUAAUUUGGGAAGAUCACCCCGUGGCCUGCCUCAUUUGGGGCAGUCAGCACAGCCUCUCCCUGAGCAGCAGAUGUAAGGUGCUGUGAUGAGAUGGUAGUACCAAAAACAGGGCCCACAGCCAUGGCCCCAGCCAUAAAACCCGAAGGCUCUCUUUUUCACUAAAGAUCAACAUUUUGCUUUUUAUAAUCAUUUCCUUCUAGAAGCUCCCACAGUUUUUGUCUGCUCCAAAGGCUAUGCUUGGCAAAACAUCAGUGACAGUGCUGCACCUAACAAAGCAAAGCUUCUCACAUCAUCUCAUUUGGAGCACUGCAUCUGCUACACAGUGCAAUCAAAGACACUGGGCUUCCCUGUUUUUAUGAUGCUGACUGAAAUAAAUGUGUUUUUCUCUCCUCCACGAAUCAAUAUGGCUUAAAUUCUGUCUUACUUCUGGGAGUGGAAUUAUGUCUGUCCUGACAUAUGUUUUUAAGUAGCUUUUCAUCCUGGUAAGCAAAUGUUCCCACUGUUCCUUUAGGGUACUACUUUCAUGUUCCUUAUAUAAUGCUGUUCAUAUUUGUCCAUCAUUUAAACUGUUUGCACAACUGUUUCUGAGAACUGGAAUAGAUAGCUGGGAGACAGGCUUAUUAGCAAAACGAGAUGUUUCACCUGAAUCGUUGCCAAAAGCCUGUAUGAAGGUUCACCCACUGGAUGACUUCCAUAGUCUCAGAUACAGUGAGACUUUGCAGAUAUCAGAAAUUGUGUACUGGACACAUCAUCUUCAAAAACCUGACACUUCCAUUCUUGAAAAAUAUUCUCAUGCCAGCUCUUCCUAGCUGUGAUAGUUCCACUUAAUUUAACUGAAUGUCCAUACUACAGAUCUUUUAUCUUCUGUGACUGUUUACUUCUUCCCAUGACUUUUUAUAACAGCAUUCAGAAAUAGGAAACAAUUCAGCCAUCUCUUUUCAUGUGAUUCCAGCUAUUAAAGCUUUGCAGAACAGACCUUCAAAAGUUAUAGGGGCUGAUUGUACAGGGACAGUUACAAACAGGUCUAGUAACAACUCCAUUUAGUACCCACAGAGUUGUUUAUUCUGGUUGUUAUAAAGAUACUGCUGCAAAUGUUAUUGUAAGAAAUUACUUCUUAACAACCUGGCUCAGCAGAAAAGAUCUGUCCAGAUUUUUUAGGAAUACUAUAAAUUGCUUUGUACCUAUAAAAAUUAGGAACUGUAUGUAAGACAAUCCACAUUUCUACAAACUAUCUGAUAGCACUGACAGCUUUCUGCCACUGAUUAGGAUAAGGUACUGUCAGCAGGAGCUGCAAUCACUUCUUCAUCUUCCCUGUAUUUUACUUAUAGCUUUCUCUUUCCCUCUUACUUAAAAAAAAUUGUCUACAAAACAAAAGAAGAAGUCUUCCCGAAUGGCUUUAGUGGUAGAAGGAGCAAAAUCUGAGCCUUUCUCUUUAAAAACCAGAGCAGCCUGUUGCUAGGGGAGGCUGCUGUGCUUGGCUGCUGGCAGUCCCACAGCUGCUGCAUCAGAAAACCCAGGUAGGAAACAACUAUUUUCCUUCAGAUAUCAUAUCACAGUGAUCUGGAUGUUUUCAUGGGUGAGAGAUUUAGAAAUCCAAAACCCUCAGAGCGGUGUUCCAUGUACUUCUGAUGUAACUCAUUUUGAGAAGAGGAGUUAAAGGAACUUCUGUUUGUUUUGGGGUUUUACUGCUUUGGAAACAGCCUCUGAGCUAAUGGAGAGCUUUAGUGUACUUGCUUUCAGUUGUUCACUACUUCUUUUUUUUAGUGCUGCUCUUGUACUUAAUUUCAAGAAAUGAUAAAGAAUUGUUAAAGAAAGUGGCCAUAAGGCCCUUCUGGUUUGUUGCCAGCAUUCUCCAUUUUCAUGUGCCUUCAGGAGAUUGUUUAAAUGUGAUACAUAAAAGUUUGAUAUGAAAAAGAAGUUUAUGAGCUGAGCAACGAAAACACUGCAGUUUCUUGCAGUGUUAUAAUUUUUGUGCCACAAAGCUGUUAUCUAAUUAAACUCACGUGCAGCCAGGAAACACUGCAGUUUGCAGGCACAUCGUGCUUAGCACUUGUGCAAGGUGCUGGUGUAAAUGGUGCUAAGGUGAAUGCAAAGGUGCUUAGGGAGCGUCCUGUUUGCCUAACAAAACCACUAUCUUAGGGCAAGUUCAGUUCCCUGUGCAACCUGAAGGUGCUGUUUAGCAAUCUGAAAAUCCUUUGGGGAGAGCAGGGAAUACGCUUAGGUGGAAGAUAACAAAGUCAUUUCUCCUCUGCCUGUUCUGCCUUCAUACUCAGCAUUUUCCAACAGUUAAAGAGUACUGCCUGGUUUGGAUGCAGUUUUGAGGAAAGCAUGCAUGAGCUUACAUAUCCAGUACAAAGAAUGGAUGGUGAAAUAGAAUAAUUUGUGUAGGUGCUCUUGCUAAAGGAGGUGCAGCAGGGUGUGGAAAAGCUUCCUGUGUUUUACUCCUGUGAGUUAUUUCACAGGAUUUUUAAAAUACAGACUAAAUUAUGCUGUUGGGUGGUAGAUCAGCACAGUUGGUGCAAGCUUUCUGUGGGGAAAAAAAAACAACAAAACAGCUGAGGUGAAGCAGUAGUAGCACUCAGUGAAGGCAUGCUGUGCUACUGCAAAGGGAAAUGGUUUCAAACUAAAGGAUGGAGAUGUAGAGUGGAUGUAAGGAAACAUUUUCUUACAGUGUGGGUAGUGAGGCACCAUACCAGGUCACCAGAGAUGUGGUGGCCGCCCUGUUCCUGGAGACACUCAAGGUCAGGAUGGAUGGGGUUCUGAGCACCUGAUCAGCUGUAGGUGUCCCUGUUCAGUGCAGGGUACUUGGACUAGACAGCCUUUCAAGGUCCCUUGCAGCCCAAAUGAUUGUAUGGUAUUUCACUGAGCGACAGGCUCCUGUGAAAUAUGUUUGUAUAUGCAAGAAAAUAAUUAAUAACUCAGCAGUGUCCAUUAGGCUCUUGUAAUCCCCAGAUCCAUACAAUCACUACUACUGUAGUAAUGCAGGUUUGCAGUUACUCUUUAUUCCUGCACGAGCACAUCACUAUCAGCCACCAUAAUGCUGUGAAUUGCAUCAGUGUAAAACAGAACUAGUUAGAAGUAUGUAAGUUAGUCGGUUACUUUAUCUUCCGAUCGCUAGUUAAACAUAUUUUGUCUCAAGUAGGUUAGGAGAACAGUUGUCCUGCUUUCUGAUCUGUAGAACUACUUUAGAAAUAACUGUGCUCGAACUGAGAACUCAUCAGUACGGCAGGAGGGACAAAACCCUCCAUGGACACAGGCAGCCGGUGCGAGGAGAUAAGCUGUAAACAACGAUGCCUUAGGGAUGUGAGAGACAAAUGUACGGCUGUGUUUUCUAACUGCGCUGAGUUCCAGGGUUGUGGCCUACUAAAGGCCACAGCGGGGCAAGCACGGGGAAGCUCCUUAGCCGGGUUCUCACAGACCAGCGAUGGCACACUGUGGCAGGACGGGGCACACAGCGCCCUAAGGCUCGGCGCUCGGGAGGGCGAGCGCAGCGCCCCGCGCACGCGCACACGGCGUUGAGGGCGACCCGCGCAUGCGCGCUCGCGCUUUUUUCCCCCUCCCCUUUGGGGUCGGGGGUCGUGCCGCCGGCGGCCGGCCUGCUGAGGCCGCGCCCCGUCCCGUUUCCUUUCCUGCCCCUCACUCACGCGUUCUCCCUUUCGUUUCUGUCCCGCUCCAGCUGCCGGGACCUGCCGGCCCCCUCGAGCCGCGGGCGGAGCGAGGGAACGCCGCCGACAUGGCAACAGAGCCGGCGGCCGCUGCCCCUCCGGCGCUGCGCAGCUUGCCCCCUGUGCCUUCUACAUCAAGAAUGGGAUUUUCAGAACUUUCCAUCAGGGAGCGUAUGAGAGAGAAGCUAAAAGCAGCCAGGACAAAAGCAGAAGCUGCUUUAUCUCAAGAAGACCUGGGUCCACGGCCAAGGCAUUUAAAAAGCAUCAGAGAAAGGAAAGCAGAACUCAGACUGGAUGAAGGGUCUGGUGAUAAACUUGGAGAGAUGCAAUGGGAUGAAUCUCUCUUAUCAUCAAAAAUGAAGUUUUCUGAUUCUGUGAAAAAACUCAAGCAGAAGUCACAGGCCCAGAAUGAUUAUCCUUCUGCUGAAGAAGCAUAUAAUUUCUUUACCUUAAAUUUUGAUCCUGAACCAGAGGGUAUGAAGGUGGGAGCACAGAAAAGGAGUGAAUUAAAUGAAGAAGAGGCAGAAGAAUAUGUAGAAACCCAUGAGGAAGAACAAGAGGAGGAUGAAACGGAUGAAGAUGCACGCCUAGUUAAAGAUACUGAUCUGUUCAUUAUGGGACAGACAGAUGAAGAUUUUCUAGUAAUGAAGCCUGCUGAGUGUGAAAGAUACUCUGAACAACUGCAAAAAGAAAAAGAAUUUCUGUUCAUUCCCAGCAUGCAAACAGUGCCUACUUCUCAGAAGAUGCCUGAAAACAUGCAGCCUAGAUACCUUGAGGAUGAGGGUCUUUAUGCAGAGGAAAGGCCCUAUGUAUCACCAUCUAAUCAAAAUAUUUUGGAAAACAGAAUUCUAAGACAGGAGCAAGGGAAAGAAUGGUUUGGUGAUGAUGGCAGAAUCUUAGCAUUGCCUAAUCCAAUCAGACAGUCUUCUACUAGGCCUCCAGUAUUUUCAAUGGAAGAAGGCAUUCCACCAGAACUUGAAACAAUCUAUAGAAAGGCAAUAAAAACAACAGCUGCCAAUCAGUAUCUCGUUGGACCUGGAGAUUUUCAGGGGCCGUUUCAACUGGAUAUUGAUAUUUCUGGACUAAUAUUCACACAUCAUCCCUGUUUUAGUCGUGAGCAUGUGUUAGCAGCUAAACUGGCUCAGUUGUAUGAUCAGUAUUUAGCCAGAAAACAGAAGAAUCUUACUGAACUUCUCACAGACAAGCUGCGUGCUUUGAGGAAUGCUGUGCAGCGUAGCAUAGACAGUGCUGGUGCUUCUGGUCCUACAGCACAACAGAGCAUACCUGAAUACAAAAUUGAAAUCAGGCAAACCAGAAGACUUCGUGAUGCUGAACAAGAAAAAGAUAGAAUGUUGCUUAAAAGUAUUAUAAAAGUUUGGAAAGAAAUGAAGUCCCUCCGUGAAUUUCAGAAGUUCACUAACACACCCAUGAAGCUUUGUUUGAGGAAGGAAGAAGUUGAUCAGAGAUCAGAUGAGAAAGCAUAUGAAGCAGAAAUUCAGGCUGAGAUAAGUGAAUUACAAGAAGAAUACAUGGAAGAAUAUGAAAAGAAAAUGGAGGAGUAUAAAACUGAGUUACAAGAAUGGAAGUCCUGGAAGAAGGCACAGAAGUCCGAAAAGAAAAAGAAGAAGAAAGACCUUCAAGAAGAAGAAUCAAUAGAAGAUUAUGAUCUUGGUGAAGAACCUGUGAAACCCGUCCCACCUAAAAUGGUUGAUAGCCUGCAAAUAGAGCAGCAGGUUAGAGAAAAAGCCAACAACUUCAGAAGGAAACCUGGAGAGCCUGCUUUAAUUCCUGAACUGGUCUUGUCAGGAAGCAUAACUCCAAGUGAGCAGUGUCCUCGGGCAGAGGUUUUACGACGAGAAGACGUAAACAAACGCUCAGCAUUUAUAAAAGUCUUUUUCAACUCCAAAGAAGUGUCAAGGACUGUUACUCGACCACUAAGUUCAGAUUUCAGAGUUCACUUUGGACAGAUUUUCAAUUUACAAAUAUUCAACUGGCCAGAGAGUUUGAAGCUACAGAUCUAUGAAACAACGGGUCUGAGCAGUACCACCUUGCUGGCUGAAGUUUUCAUACCUGUUCCUGAGACGACCGUUCUGACAGGCAGUGCUCCCAUGGAGGAGAUAGAGUUCAGCAGCAACCAGCGUGUGAUGCUGGACCAUGAAGGAGUUGGGAGUGAUGUAUCCUUUUCAUUUGAAGCUGAUGGUAGCAAUCAGAUGACUUUAAUGACUUCUGGGAAAAUAUCUAAUAGUGUUUCUUGGGCAGUUGGAGAGAAAGGAAUCCCCCUAAUUCCUCCAGUAUCUCAGCAAAACACAGGAAUUCCAAGUGCUUUAAAAAAUAUUGAUGCUAUUGCAUCCAUUGGCACAUCGGGCUUAACUGACAUGAAGAAAUUGGCUAAGUGGGCAGCAGAAACAAAACUUGAUCCAAAUGACCCAAACAAUGCAGCUCUGAUGCAGAUGAUUAUGGUUCCUAGUAGUGGAGAGGCAAAUAUUCCUGACUUCUUCCGACUGGAACAGUUGCAGCAAGAAUUUAAUUUUGUUUCUGAUGAAGAAUUUAAUAGAUCAAAGAGAUUCCGACUCUUGCAGCUCAGGAAUGAGGAGGUGGCAGAGUUCCGAAACUAUAAGCAAGUCCCUUUACAUGAACGGGAAAUCAGUGAGAAAAUUUUCCAGGAAUAUGAGAAAAGACUACAUGAGAGGGAUGUGAUUGAUAGUAAGCAUUACCUAGAUGCACGCAGAGCCGUUGUUGCCAGCUAUCUACAAAAGGUUCGAGAAUCAGUAAUUAACCGUUUCCUAAUAGCAAAGCACCAUUUCCUUCUCUCUGACCUGGUCAAUGAAGAGGAGAUUCCUACUCUGGGUAUUUUGGGACUUGGCCUCUUUAAACUGGCAGAGCCAAAACGACCGUUAAAGCCAAGAAGAAAGGAAAGGAAGAAGGUCACAGCACAGAAUUUAUCAGAUGGAGACAUUAAGCUGUUAGUGAACAUCAUUAGAGCUUAUGAUAUCCCAGUGAGAAAAGCAGUCACAAGCAAACUUCAACCAUCCAAAUCUUCCAGAUCCUUUAAUGAGAUGUUUGCAGCUUCUCCAUCUGCUCAGAGCCCAACCAACAAUGUAGAUUGGGCAUUUGACCAGGUUUUAGUCCGUCCAUUUGUAGAAGUUUCUUUUCAGCGAACAGUCUGUCGGACAACAACAGCAGAAGGUCCAAACCCCAACUGGAAUGAGGAACUUGAGUUUCCGUUUAGAGCUCCUAAUGGUGACUACAGCACCCAUAGUUUGCAGUCAGUGAAAGAUGAAGUGUUCAUUAAUAUUUUUGAUGAAGUGCUACACGAUGUUACAGAGGAUGAUCGUGACAGAGGACGUGGUAUCCGCACUCGUGUCGAGAGGCACUGGCUGGGAUGUGUUAAGAUUCCCUUUACUACAAUAUAUUUUCAGGCUAGGAUUGAUGGUACAUUCAAAGUGAAUAUUCCUCCGGUGCUCCUUGGCUACAGCAAAGAGAAGAACCUGGGCAUUGAGAGAGGGUAUGACUCUGUGCGAAAUCUGAGUGAGGGCUCCUAUAUAACACUGUUCAUUACCAUUGAACCACAGCUCGUUCCUGGAGAGUCAGUCAGAGAGAAGUUUGAUACCCAAGAAGAUGAGAAAUUGCUUCAAGCAGCAGAAAAAUAUGAAGUUGAAUGUACGUCAAAGUUUCCAAACCGUCAGUGCCUAACAACUGUAAUUGACCUCAAUGGGAAAACAGUUUUUAUUACCAGAUACAUCAAACCUCUCAAUCCACCCCAGGAGCUCCUUGAUGCCCUCCCAAAUAGCUCUCAGACAACAGCAGAAUUGGUGGCUCGAUAUGUUGCUUUGAUUCCUUUUUUGCCAGAUAGUGUAUCAUUUGCUGGGAUUUGUGACCUGUGGUGUACAUCAGAUCAAUUUCUUGAUCUUCUGGCGGGGGAUGAGGAAGAACAUGCCGUGCUCUUGUGUAAUUAUUUUCUUGGUAUGGGGAAGAAAGCCUGGCUUAUCAUUGGAAAUGCUAUUCCUGAGGGACAAACCACGUACGUAUUAACUUUGGAGCAGAGUCAGUAUGUGAUUUGGAAUCCCAGUACUGGCUGCUUUUACAAGCACUAUGAUACUUUCUGCCCCUUGCAAAGCGUGUACUGUCUGAUCAGCUGUGAUAAUAUUUGGUUUAAUAUCCAACAGUGGGACUCUCCAGUAAGGAUAAGUUUUGAUAUCAGCAAACCAAAACUUUGGAAGCCUUUCUUUUCAAGAAGCUUACCAUACCCUGGGCUCUGCAGUGUUCAGCCUGAAGAAUUGGUGUAUCAGCAUUCGGACAAGGCUGCUGCAGUGGAACUACAGGGCAGGAUUGAAAAAAUACUGAAAGAGAAAAUUAUGGAAUGGAGGCCAAGGCAUUUAACUCGCUGGAACAGAUACUGUACCUCCACCCUACGUAACUUCCUGCCUCUGCUGGAACAAAACCAAGGCAAAGAUGUAGAAGAUGACCAUCAGACAGAGCUGCAAAAACAGCUUGGAGAUUACAGGGUAUCUGGAUUUCCUAUUCAUAUGCCAUUUUCUGAAGUCAGACCUUUAGUAGAAGCUGUACACAGUACUGGAGUUCAUACCAUUGAUGUUUCCAAUGUUGAAUUUGCUCUAGCUGUGUACGUUCAUCCUUACCCCCAAAAUGUUCUUUCCACAUGGAUUUAUGUUGCUUCACUUGUACGGAAUCGGUAGUACAGACCAGUCAGAACACCUCAACUUUGGAUGGAGGGGGAAAUAAGAUUUCUCACUGCUGAUUUGAGCUAUCCCAGGUAGCUUGAAAAUCUAGCAAGAACCUGAUUUUUCAGAAGCUUCAAACGUUUAGCUUUUUUCAGUUUAAAACCACAGGAGAUAACUUAACCUCGACCUGUAAUGUUCUGGAAUUUCAAGUAAGUUGUCAGUUUCCUCUUUAUUUCUGUACAUUACUUUAUAACUCCCUGUGGGACUUGCCAUGCUUAAAAGCAUUAAAAAUGCACAUAUUUAGUUAGUGAACUCACUGGUAGAGUUUGUCCUUCUUAUUUUGAGGUGAAACUUGGUUCCUGAAAUUACACCUUGCAGAUGACUUGUAGUUCUCAGUUGUCUUCAUUGACAGCCUUUCCUCCUGGUUAGAGGGGCUGUCAUUCAGAUCUGACAUAAACUGUUGCAGUUUCUCAUUUCCUGAGUUCCUGUACAAAAACCGAGCUUUAUUUACUCCCAAGUAAAUUUCAUGCACCAAAAAAGCAAGCAUUGAAGACCAUACUUCCUUUUUUAAAAACAUUUCUCUACUCUGUGUCUGUGUCACAGCAGCAGCAUUCAGGUAUUUUCUUUAAAGGUCUAGUAAAAAAUAUUUAUACCAAAAAAUAAAUGUUAAAGCUCAUCCAUUUUGUGUAAGAAUUUGAUUAAAUCACUUAGAGCACAGAAUCCUUUACUAGGGCUACCUGCAGAUAAUAAUCUUUUAGUGAUCACUUUAAAAAUUAUGUAAAAGUAGUGGUGUUAAGAGUUGAUGCUUAUAAGUAUCCUUUUCCUUCAGGUACCUUGUUAAUUAAACUCCUCCAAGUGAAAGUAAGGGUGGUUUCAGCCUAGGAAGUAUAUUCAUCACAACAUAUCAAAGUUAAGGUAGAGCUUAAGGCUAAAGACGACUUGGUCCAUCCAUUAAAUGCUGAUCAAAAGUUUUGGUUUAGAGCCUGGGAUAGCCACAGAUUCCCUUCUAAUCAACAGAAAAGCACCUCUACAGAACUGACAUGAAGCACCAAGUAUCUGCACUGUAAUCACAGUGCUUUGCUUGAACAACAUAAGUUGAUUACAUCUCUGAAGUCCAACAUCUUUUCAGAAAAGGGUGAAAAAAGAAAACAUGGUCUACUCACACUAUUUUCUGUAGCUGAAUUAGCCCUCUACCAGUCUGCACAGGAAUCAGUAACUAAUAUCUAGUAGUAAGGACAAGAACCAUCCCAUCUGCUCCUUCUUCACCUCAGAGAGGCAAGGAAGCCCACACAUCUCAUUACUUCUCUCAGAGCCAGAAUGAGAGGCCAUUUACAUCCAAUCUAGGCUUUGGGCACCAAAGAGUUUUUAAUGCAGUUUACUUAAAAGAACAGUUGCUAUGACAACAGUAUCCUUUCAUACCUCUCUGGUAGGCUUCCAACUGAACACUGCACAUACUUCCUCUAGCUGCUGUCUCUGCCACUAACUAAAAUUCAGUAGUGUUUUUUGUCAGUUUUGAUGCAAAAAAGAAAAUGCUCUCAAACCUUGGAAGGGUGGGUAGGUGAGAUGGUAUCAGUACAACAAACUGUCUCUUAUCUCCAGCUGUGCCUGCAAGCUGACCUCCCACACUCAAUCUACAUAAACCACCUGCACUGCUGCUGUCUUCCUCAAUAAUUUAUCCAAGUAAUAAGAAGUGUAAAAAUUACUAGUUUGGCAUACUGUCAGCCUGCAAAACUAGCUUUUCUGCAAGGCUGCCAGCUACACCCCCUGCAUCUGCUUGAAAGAAAACUAACAAACCUGAGCAGAUGACCAUGUAGAUCACAGUACUCACCCUCUCUUGCAACAGCCUCUUCUCUUCUCCCAACACCCCAAAGAGAGAAGUGCUGUCCUCAUACAUCACUCCUUGCUCUUUUUUAGCAUAGUUCUCUCAGAGCCCAGGUCUCUCUCAGCCUAACAGUGGCUUCUCUGCAUCCCUGCUGCUCCUCUCUGCUGUUCAAUGAAGUGGUUACUUUAAAUCAAAACAAUGGGGAAAACAUCAUCUACAGAUUUCUUAUGAAUGAAAACUGACUUUCAUGGAAGUUGCUUAGAAAUGCAGUCACUAGAGGUAGGAAUGUGUAUUUUCAAGGUUCACAGUAUGCUACCACCAUCCAGCCCUCACCAAACCUCUUCAGCUUAUCAGUAUUUAUCUCACACCUUUAUAUCACACUUCAAAAGCAUACAUAUUCCACUGCUACAUCAAGUUUUUAGUGGUGGGAAUGUUUUAUUUGAGUAUGUCUUUCAAGCCCAAAUACAAAACCAAAUGCAAAAGGAAAGUGGGAAUUACCCUAAUUUUGCAAUAUAAAGGACAACUUCAAGAUGAGAGGAAAGGGGGAGAAACAAGGCUCCUAAAGAUGUAUUACUGUUACCCAAAUGCAAACAAUACAUUUCAAAUUAGCCGCAGAGCUUUAUAUUGUACUGAUGGAUUAAAAAUAAGAAACCAUUCACUUAACACAAAAUAAUCCAUUAAAGUAUAUUUAAGUGCCAAA